GUCUGAUGAUGAGACGGUGAAUUUCUAGGAUAGAAGUAAUAAUUCGGACGUGCCCCACGCCAGCGCCCGCCAAAGUGACCAGGCCGGCCCCACGGAGGGGAAUCAGAACGGCUUGCAAAGGUGACUCCUCCUCUUAGCUGUGUAUAUUUUGCUUUAGCAAGGGUGAAUUUUACGAGCCAAGCAUCAUAGGCAAUCCGUGUCCCACCGAGCACCGCCAAAACGUCAGGUGGUUCCAAAGAGUGAAGACGAAAAGCGCCUCUUUGGUGACUAUGAAAAUCCGUCGGACGCAGUGCGAAUAAUGAAACCUCAACCGCCAAAUCCCCAAUCAUCUUCGAUGAUUCGUUCGGCACGUACUGUACCUAUUCAUGGGUCUGUCGUACCACGAAACACUCUCGGGAAAAGACCGUUUUCUCCGCCCUCAGGACGAAAUCAGAUCACAUAUGGCUCUUCGCGAGAUGGAUUGGGAAAAAGGAAACGACCUGAGGAAACCAAGAUUUCUGAUUUGGAAACGAGCUCCAGAGAGGGCAAGGCAACAAAGAGGAAGAGCAAGGCUAUAGCUGCAAGUCCAAACCAGCCAAAACGGCCGGAGAUUGUCACCUUGGAGGACGAUGAUGAUGUGCCGGUCCAACAUUCUGCAACGAGAGUCCCUUCGAAGCAAGAGGAUGUCUCCUGCUUAACGUAUGACACGAACCCAGGCCUCAAGCUGAGGAGGGAAAGUCUGUCAUUCGUUCCAGAAUAUUCAACGGUCGAGAAAAUGGUGGAUCCGCGGAACAAAGGGUUCAGCACCUCGCAAGAUCUUCCGCGGGCAGGAAAGGCUGCCUCUGGCUUUGCUCGGACUUCGCAAAAUACUUCUCCGUAUUUCAAUGUCUCGUCAGUCGACUCGGACCAGACUGGAUUAAAGGCAAAUUCCUUGAAGGCAGCACAACCACAUCUCGCAAAUAAACAGGGGAGGGAUUCUUUAAGAAAGUCUGGCGAGGACGAAGAGUGCAAUGUCAUUUCGUCUACGAAAGAAUCACUCGAAACCGAGGAGGUAGAACUGGAGCAAACGUCCCGCGAGCAAGGCACAUCCAAAAGUAAAGACGUUGAAAGUUUCCACAAUCCAGGCCGUUACCCACAGGCAGCCACGCCUUUUCGCCAGUCACGGAAAAUAACCCGAUCUGACAAUGGUUCGGUAACGGCGGACAGCCCCGAUGAGCUUUGCGGCGAGAAUACCGUAGGCUUACACAGAGGCUCACCACUCUCAUCUCCAAGGACAAUUGGCCCAAACAAAUCAUCCGCUUCAGGGCCUCCCUCAUCUUGCGAUGGUAGCUUUGAUCUUCCGAAGAGUGAUAUUCGGCCGACGCACUUCACUGCUUCUAGGCAAACAAAACUUGGCAAGGCCAAAAGUGGAAAAGCAGCAACCUCGGGCGACAAGGAUUGGAGUGCCCGCCUCCAAAUGUGUAGAGCUUUCGGGGAAGCCUUUGGCCCCGCCAAUACCGAUAUACAAUGCACAUUGCGGCUUGGGCGUGAAAAUAAGCAAAUACGUAUUGAAACUCAGCGAUCUGGCUCAAAUUUGCACACUUUGGCCACGAUCUCACUGAGCAAAAUUGUGCGUAUACGUUGGGCAGAAGGAAGUUCCAAAUUAUGUCUCCACCUGUCGGGAACCCCUUCAUCCGUGGAGCCAGUCCUGCUUGACUUUCUCUCGGAAAGAAAAGCCGUAGAGUGUAUGCAGCAGAUGAGGAUCUACGAAAACCCCAUCAAAGUAAAGCAAAUGGAAAGUACCUCUAUCGAUCAGCUUUUCAAAAGACAGCUAGAGUCGCAGCAGAGACAGGGUCGAGUCAGCGGUGACGGAUCCGUCUCACAAUUAAGCGACUUAGAAGGUCACAAGCGAAAAUCUUUAGAUAUAGAAUCAACUAUUUCGAAACGCCAGAGGCGGGAAUCCGAGAGUCGCGACAACUCGUCAAACGAAGAAAUGCGACCCCUGACUGAAAAGGGAAGUGAAGGACCUCGACGGCUUGAGGAUUCCCCUGGUCCUCCACAAUCCGUAACUCGCUUGCCAAGGACAAGAUCGAAAGCUCAACAGGAAUUGAAAGAAGGGAGACCCGCAUCGCCUAAUUCAAAAAUCAGAACUGAGCUCAGGAAAAGACUCAAUUCUUACAAAGAGCGUGGAACAUGGGAAAGGCCCCUUGUCUAUCCGCCUGAUGGCCCAAAAAAGGCAACUGUUGAGUUUGAAGAUUUAGACCGGCUGGAUGAUGAACAAUUUUUGAAUGAUAAUCUCAUAUCUUUCUAUCUCCGGUACCUUGAAUAUCAAAUGGAAAAAAAUCAUCCGCAAAUAGCGAAAUGCGUGUAUUUCUUCAAUACGUAUUUCUACGCUAGUCUGACCAACACCACUGGUGGGAAAGGCCGGAUCAAUUAUGAUGCUGUGAAGCGGUGGACUUCAAAGGUGGAUAUCUUCAAUUAUGAUUUUCUGAUUGUUCCCAUAAAUGAAAGUGCUCACUGGUACACCGCAAUCAUCGUCAAUCUUCCGAACCUCGAACGGAAGUUGCACCCUGAAUCCAAUGAGGGAGGUUGCGAAGGUGCAGAUGCUGGAAAGAUAGCACCCGAAGCUCAACCCGAUCUAGAAGCCACAAAUCCCCCUCAAAGCAGCCAAUCUGGCACAUCUCGCUUCGGAAUUAAUCUGGAUCAAACAGAGAAGAAGGUCGCUCGUCUCAGCAUAUCAGAAAGCAGAGGGACAAGUCCCAGUAACGAUGAUGAUCCGGUCCUGUUGAAUCCACGACCUGCUCAGAGGAUCGGGCAAAUUGAAGAGGAUGUAUCAUCACCACGAUCAGUCGACGACGCUGGGAGUAGCCAAGAGGGGUCUCGUGCUCUGCGGUCUCGUCAGGAUACCAGACAUGAAACCUCUUCAGCACAGACUGCUGCGUCCAAAGAGUCCGUCAAGAAUAAGAAAGCAAAGGGCCCCUCUUUGGUCAAAGACACAACAGUGUAAGUGAAAUUGCUCAAAAUUGUUUUACGAGCGCACUCAUGUAUUUAAAUUUUAGUCCUCGCAUCGUUACUUUGGAUUCGCUCAACCUUCCACAUAACCCUACAAUACGCAAUCUCCAGAGAUACCUCGCCGAGGAAGGGAAACACAAACGACAGCUUGAGGUUGAAGUCAAUCAGGGCACUAAAGCUAAGGGUAUCCCUACGCAAAACAACUGGUGUGACUGUGGACUAUUUCUUUUGGGCUAUAUCACAAAGUUUCUCCAAGAACCGCGACAAUUUAUCAACAAG